GAUAUCAAACAAAUUUCGCGUCAUCUUCUACGCGACCGGACCAGACCAGCGUCCUCCUUAUAACAUUUCCUAUUAUUAAAAAUGAAAAAUUAAAUUAAAAAAACCUCCGCUGCUCAUCACCACUCUCCCUAUUUCCUUAAAUCUUUCAUUCCUCAGUCUCUGUUUCAGAUUUGUCAUUCCUUUUUAUUUUCUGGGUAGUCUUUUUAAUAAGAACAAUGCAAGCCGCUCAAGCAGUGAGCAAUGGAGCUGCAGAAGCUCCUCCUGCUGAGAUAAUUGUUUUAUGCAGGCUGGUCCCGAAAAUGUGAAGGAAGAAGCUACAGACCAAGGACCUGCUGGGAGGCGCCCAGACAUAUCACUUCAAAUACCCCCAAGGCCUGCGGCUUUUGGCAGUAGCCGCAGCGGAAAGGGUUUACUCCAGUCUCAAGGUUCCUCUAAGGGUAGCUCACUAUCAGGUGGCCUCUUCCGGGGGUUAAGCUUCAAGAAAAAAGCUACUCUACCAGAUGGUGAGAAAAGCUCCCUCCUUAAUACAGACCCCAGUAAAGCUCCUGAAAGUCCCACAAUGGCCAAUUUUGCAUCAGCUCUUCCUUGGGCAAGAUGUACCUCACUUCCUGUUACGCCGGCGUCAAAUUUGUCCCCCUCUGUUUCUACACCUAUCUCUGCGAGGAUGUAUAAUGAAGUGCACAAGCCACAUAAAGAAACUGUUCAGGCUACAGUUUCAAGGUCCCUGUCUGUGCCUGGACGAAAUAUUGUCAUUGUAAGAUCCGUAUCUUUUGCUACUCGAAAUGAGCAGACCCAAACAGAUCCUAGUAAUGAUCAAAUAACUCCAGUUCCAGUGGAGGAGACCAAUGAUGAAGAAAUUCCAGAAGAAGAAGCAGUGUGCAGGAUAUGUCUUGAUGUAUGUGAAGAACAAAAUACACUCAAAAUGGAAUGCUUUUGCAAAGGUGCUCUCAGACUUGUGCAUGAAGAGUGUGCCAUUAAGUGGUUUAGCACAAAAGGAAACAAGAAAUGUGAUGUAUGUGGGAAAGAGGUUCAGAAUUUACCUGUAACCUUACUUCGGGUGCAGAGCUCUGUUCAAAGGGGUACCAGACAGGAGCACAAUCAACAGAGCUUGCGUCCAGAAACGAUAAGUGCCUGGCAGGACUUUGUGGUACUGGUCUUAAUUAGCACAAUAUGCUAUUUCUUCUUCCUUGAGCAGCUACUGAUUGGUGACUUGAAAACUCAAGCAAUUGUUAUUGCAGCACCAUUUGCAUUUACAUUGGGCCUCUUGGCAUCCAUAUUUUCCAUCAUCCUUGCAAUCAAGGAGUAUAUAUGGACAUAUGCAGCUCUUGAGUUUGCACUUGUGGCCAUUCUCGUCCAUCUGCUCUACUCGAUACUUCAUCUGAUGGCUAUUUACUCAAUAUUGAUUGCUUCGGUAUUGGGUUUUGGUAUAGCCAUGAGCCUCAACUCAUUGUAUAUGCAAUAUUUCACCUGGAGAGUUCAAGUUGCACAAAAUCAAAACUCCAGCCCAGUAUGACUGAAUCCUGGUACCAACAAGGAAUCGCUUGCAUUAUGUUGGCCAAUUGUUAACAAAUUAGUGUACAUCCAUUACUCAGGCCAAAUUUAACUUCUUCCUUUUCUUUUCAAUGAGAGGGGCCAAAUUUAACUAAUAGUAUACAGUGCUUUGUAUUAUAUAAAGAUGAAGCCUGUAGCUGAAGAUCCAAGUUUUUUGGCCAAUUGCUUUUGCUGUUUUA